GCUUAGUAAUAAUAUUCUCCUACAAAAACGUAGAGAUCCAAACAUUUGGGUUUGUUAUAAACUAAUUUGAAAAAGUAAAUCACUAAAUCAAAUACAUCCUCAUUUUCUCAUUAUUCAAUCUUCAAUAUUGAAUAUUUACAAGGAAAUGUAAAAAAGUGAGAAACAAAGUAAGCACCUUAUGAUUCAAUAUCCAUAACCUUAUACUCAAUCACAUCAUUUUUCACAGUUCAUACAAUGCCAUCAUAAUUACCAUUAUUCCCUGAAUUAACCAAAAUUUUUCAUUCUCCAUCAUAUCUUUCAAAAAAUGACAACAACUUAUGGAACAAUCUCAGAAGAACUUGAUGUAUCAACACAUUCAAGCUUAGUAUUCUUUUCACAUUCGAAAGAGCGAGUUCAAUCGGGUUUAGGCACAACAAGACCAUGGAAGGAAAUGAUCCAAUCCUCUCGUCACAUGAACCUUCCUCGUUCAAUGCUUUCAGCAAUCCAAAGGGUCAACACAAACGCAAAGCAUUUUCGUGCAAACUACGUGAUAAUCAUAUUGUUUGUGCUUUUUCUUAGCUUAUUGGGACACCCCAUCUCACUGAUCAUACUAAUUUUCAUGAUGAUUGCAUGGUUGUUCUUGUAUUUCCUUCGAGACACACCUUUGGUGAUUCUAAGGUACGAGGUUGAUGAGAGGUUUGUUGUGAUCUGUUUGUUUUCGGUUACAGUUGGUUUGCUUGUUCUGACAAAUGUGACAUACAAUGUGCUUGUUGGAAUGUGUGUUGCUCUAUCUCUUGUUUUGGUUCAUACUUUGGUGAGAGACACAGAGGAUUUGUUCACAAUGGAUGAAGAGGUAGGGAUUGUAACAGCUACAAAACCAGGUGUUAAAGUUCCUCUAAGACAAGCUGCUUCCUCUUCUUUUACUUCAUCAUAGUACCAAAAUUAACAACAAAUUCUUUGCCUUUCUUAGGUUAUAGAUAGAGAGAUAGAUAGAAAAGAUGCCUUUUUUUUAUGUCUUUCAUUAUCCUCAUAUUUUUGGAUGAUCACAUAAUUAAAAAUUUUAUUUUAAAAAAUGUUUUUAUGUUUGUAUCUGCCUGUGUUUCUAUCUUGGUUGAUUUGGUAACUAAUUGUUUAAUCUAUGAAUAAGUAAAGGGAGCCAAUGACCUAAACGUACAAUGUGCACAAUGGAGGUUUAGGAAGUAUUAGAGAUAUGACCAUUAGUGUUACAUUGUCUUGUCAGGUUACGCUUUUGAGAUGAGUGGUUUCAUGAUAUGGUAUUAGAGUUCUAGAUCUAAAAGGUCAAAAGUUUGAUCCUUGGUGAAUCUCAAAAUCAGCUUAAGCUUUUGGGAUAAGCAUUGACUCCCUAGCAGUACUCUUAAUCUAUUUCUUUAAAAAAAAAUAUUCCCAUACAAAAUGAAAGAAUACAAAAAUAAAAGAGUGUCGCAAUAGAAUUUCUAUAUCCUAUAUAUGAUAUGAAUAUGCAUGCGAGUAUAAUUCUUCUUUAAGAAGUACAAAUGGACACUUACACUUAAAUGUGAUAUGGUAUUCAAAUACAAUUCAAUAGUAUGAAGUCAAUUCAUUUAGGCACGAGAUUCAUAUACACGUCUAUAUUUCUCUCAUAAAGUGCCCUCAAGUUCUAGCCUUGUCUUUAUGUAACUUGUGAUGACAUGACUAUAGAUCCCUUCACAUGUAGAUCAAAUUUCAUCAAUAUUACCUUCCUCGAUUCUUGUCUCAUAUUUAUCUCACCUUUACAGAAACAAACCUACCAACUAUAACUCCACGGCUGUGAAUAGAAUCAGCCCCACGAGACUUCGACUCUAACAAGUGGUUAAGGUCUUUAUGCUCACAGCUUUUCUUCAUAAACUGUGGUGACCAAGCACGGUUUCUACUAGCAUUUUUCCUUCAUAAUCCAUGGUAAGCAGCUGCUGUUUAUGUUCAAAGUUUCCUAAAUGUAAACCGUGACAAUCUCCCACGGUUUAUGCACAAAUUGAAAACUGUGGUUACAUACCACGAUUUACAUAAUAACCAAAAAGGACAUUCACGUAAACGAAUUGAAAAUGUUGCAUUUGAGUAAAAAAUUUUCACAAUCAUUUUAAUCAAGUAAAUUGCCCUUUUAAAAAUGUUGUGUGCGAAAGUGUAAGUGUGAGUGUGCAGGUAUUUGUGAUGUUGUAAUGUUUAAAAUUAGAUGUGUCUAAUUCAUUUGGAAAAAGAAAAAAUAAGUCUCAGAUCUUAAGACCAAAUUAACACCUCUAGAUAAUUCAACCUUUAAUUUUCACUCUGCUUUUCACCAGAAGUGUGUGAUCAUACAAAAAAGGGAACAUUUAUCAUUGCCUCCAUGCCCUUUACACUUUGAAUGAUUAUUAAGGGAGGAAAGAAAAAUGCUAAUUAGAUGGGAAUGAACUGUAGGAGGAUCCGAAAAACUUACAUAUACCUAAUCAUAUUCACUCAAGUUACGGUUAGUGGAUAAUAAUGAUACUAAUUCGAAUAAUAUAAAAGAUGCCUUGCAAACAAAAUUAUAAUUUAGAAGCUCUGGCACGUCAUACUCCACAAGCCACCAAUUGCAAUGCAAUAAGAGACGUGGUCCAAAAAGUACUAAUUUCCCAUACUUUAAUACCAUUAUAGAUCACAAUAAAAUAAAUAAAUAAACACCAUGCUUUACUUUUGAUAGGAUGACACGGAUAGCAACUAAGCUAUUUCUCUAACUUAACGCUUCAAAAGAAAAUAAUCACAAAACUUUGAAAAAAUGAAAAUAUUAGAAAAUGGAUCAAUAUCAAGAACUUUUGAAGUAAAUAUUCUACUAUGAACCAUUUGAUUGGAUUAAAGUAUUAAACACAGAUAUAUAGCUGUUCGGUUGUUUGUUGGAUCAGUUGAGGAGAGGUUGUUGGGAAUGAGGGUUCGAACCUGAAUGCGAGAGCUGAGGUGAGAAAAUGAGCUUGUAAAUCGUUGGUUGAUCAGCGGAUAGAGUCACCUACAAAGAUAUUCCAAUGUCAAAAUCAGUGUCUAUACGAUGAGGCGACUAAUAAUUAGGAUUACAAUGGCAUACCUGGAGCUCUCUCCCUUAUCUUCAUUCGUCCGAGUGGACUCCUAUCUCCUUAGGGCCCAACUCCUUUCAUAACUUUUGCCAGCUAUCGAGUCUUUCAUUGUUCGUGUCACGCGGAAGGGCAAGCGUCCGUUUGUUGGGUCGUGCGGGGGUCGCGUUCAAUUGGGCCAGAACAGUGCUCCUAAUACGUUAGAAUGUGAUACGCGUGACUCCGGGUCCCUGGACCACAGCCUCUACUCAACGCAAGUAAGCCAUCAUUAAUUUGGGGGAAUGGAUCCUCUUCAUUGUUAAAAAAAAUUGAGGGUGUAAAGUGUGAUCUCUAGCCUUUCAUUCUUCUCUCUCUCAUAUUUAUUAUUGAUCCCACUUAAAAAAUUAAUGGUGAGAGAUUACACUUUACUCUCUCAAUUGUUAAAAAAAAUUGAGAGGAUCCAUUCCCUUAAUUUGGACUUCUAGAGACUUCUUUGCAUGUGGGGGUUGCCCCAACGCUCGAUUUGAGAUCGUCACCUUAAUCGUUGUGCCUGGAGCAUUAAAUGUUUUUUAAAAGAGAUUUAAAAGCGUGUGGAAAGACCAAUUUUAUUCUUAAUCUUUCGUACUUCUCCUCCUUCAGUUACAAUUAUUUUUCCCACUUCAUUCUAUCAUUUUUUUUCUCUUU